AUCCCAACUUCGCAGUGUCUCCGGGUCGUUCAUCAAGUAUUCCAUUGCUGGGGGUGAACAAGAGGAGCUUUGCCAUUAAUCAUUCACACACAUCUUAACCUGUGUCGCGCCAGCGUCUUAUGUGUGAUAGAGUUGGUGUGAAAAAUUCCUGCACAUCUUCCAGCAAUUCAUCCCAUCAAAAGGAAGUUUUCGGGGGCUGUCAUACGGGGACAGAGAGACACACAAUAGGCGAAAAAUAAUUGGCAAGAGAGUGAGUGUGCAGAAAAGGCGAGUUUAAUUUUGUGGAAAUGGGACGGUUUUUCAUUCACGCGCUGGUAUUAUCGUGCAUUAUUCUCUUAUCAUCGUGCAAUGCAAAUGACGACAGCAGAGGCGAUCGGAAGGAGGAUGAGAAGCACUUUGGCAGCUUUCAGCAUCAGCGACUUCUGCCGCUGGCGCGAUUUCCGGCGCAACUCCUUCAGCUGCUGCCAGGAAGUGGCCAGAGCAGUCAAAUUAUGCCUGACAACGACGCCGUUUAUGGCGACGAGCAGCCCGUCGCCAGCUCCUACCUCCACCAGGACGACGAGUAUGACGAGGAUGAGGACUUGGACAUGGAUCCUGAGCUGCAGUCCAGCCAGCCGUACGGAAUUCAGAAUGUGAGGCGCAACGCCGAGACGCUGCCCAGCAGAUCGAUCCGGACCAAGGGGAAAAUCACACGAACGAGCUUCCAGUCGCUGUGCCCCUCGACGAGGUCCCUCGUCUACCUGAAGGACGAGGCCGGAAACUACGAGUACAAGCCGGACCACUACGAGGAAGUGACAUGCGAGCAUCCGUUCACCUCCUUCAGGGACUACCGCGUACACCGGAACAAGCCCGCUUUAAGUCGCUUAAUCGAUGGGAAUAUGGAUGAGAUCUGCGGCGAGGCGGGCCUCUUCUGCAUCCAGCUCAACCGGACCAUCUUCCUCACGCGCCGCCUCUUCGGCACGGACUGCUGGGAGUCGCUGACGCGCCAGGUGCCCGCCGGAUGCGAGUGCAUGUGGCCCAAGCACCACUACGGCGAUAUUACGUCCCACCACUGAGCCGCGGCAGCGCCCCCAUCCCGAUCGCAUGAUGAUCUCUUGCCCCGUGACACUGUGUAGAUUGCCGAAUAUACCAUUUCUGUGUAGCACUGCGCCUUUCCUUUCGCCCCUCCGCACGCGCCGACCAUACAAAGCCCCCUGAA